AGCAUUUUAUAUAGGUGUAUGUAAACUGUAUAUGAACGACCCCAUAAUAAUAAUGCAAUAAAUGCAUUCGAUUGACGCCCCCCUCCCCUCAAUUCCCACUCUUUUUAUUUAUUCUAUCUAUUUCCAUCCUCUUAACUCCACGGCCAAACCAGUCCUUUUAUGGCCUCCACACUUCUCACUUUCGCAGUCCCACUGAUCCAGUCCCUCACCGGAAAAACGACAAUGCCAUUCUGAUCCAAUUCACACAGACCAAAACAAAGAGAGAAAUAGUGUGAAAACGACAACACGAUGGGUUGCUGUCCGAGCACAGCCUCCUCAACCCCCAAACAAAAAAAUCGCAUUACCCAUUCUCGAUCCGACGCCGGAGAGAGCAGAGCGCCGCCGCCGACGGAGGAAGAGACCGUCAAGGAAGUUCUGUCGGAAACCCCGAGACUGAAGCCCAAAGUACACAAAACCGUACCCAUUGUAAGCGACCCAGAACUAGAAGAAGAAAACGAAGAAGACGAUGGAGACAAAAGUACCAGUACGAUUGCUACUACUAUGACGCCGAGCCCAAAACCAGUUUUCCCCAUUUUCAGGCUCGACGGCGAGAAGAUCGAGAAGAAGGUCUCGGAGCUCAAGAACGUCAACGAAGAGAUCUCGGAGAUUUGCAGCCUCAGCGAGAGCGUCUCCACGACGACGAAUCUCACCAGAGAAGAUGACGACGAGGUUGCCCACAGGGUUUACAGGUCUCCGAUAAGGCACCGGUCGGUGUCGGGGGAGCUGGGCGGCGGGAGGAGAGACCAGAGGCUGGCCGGGAAGUCGCCGUCGCGGAGAUCCGACCAGUCUCCGGGCCGGAGGAACGGAAACGGUGUCGGGUCGGUGAGGAUCGUUCAGGCUAGAGAUCCGGGCCGGGCGAUGACCAGGAGAGGUCUAACGGCGGCGGAGCAUCAUAGAAGGGAUUCCGGCGAGGGAUCGGCUCGGAGAUCGAGGUCGCCGGCGAUGACGCGUGCGGAUGGUGGGGGAAUGAGAUCCGGCGCGGGGAGGAGUCCGUCGUCGAGGAGAGCGACGAGGUCUCCGGGUCGGGUCAACGGGGCUACGGCUGAGAACAACCGGAGAGCGGCGGAGAAUCUGAAGUGGCCGACGAAAAGCACCGCCGAUGAGUCGCUUGAGAACCCGUUGGUGUCGUUGGAAUGCUUCAUAUUUCUGUGAAUCGGAAAGUGUAUAUAGAUCUCGCCCAGAGAACGGAAUGUGGUCGAAAUAGUGGCCGGAGUUUAUGAAUCUCCGGUUCAGUAGUUUCUAAUUAUUUGAUAUCAUGACUUUUCUUUGUCUUUUAUUUUGUUUUUAAAUUUUGUUGGGGGUUUAAUGUAAAUAGUUAUUAUGUGAAAGGUCAAUUGUGGAGAUUGGAGGGAAGAUUUGGUCAGUCUGUAAAAGACAGGGAUAAAAAGAUUUUCCCUUACAUUUUGGAUACCUGAAUACGUAUUCGCCAUUUAUUGA